GUGAUUCUUUCCGGGGCGAAGUUUAAGCCACAGGUUACAAAACUGUUGCGAAAUUCAUUGCAUUUAUCCAGCCUUUUAUAUCAAAACAGUGCAGACAACGAACUAUUAGAUUGCACGAGUCAUGUUGUUCGUAAUUAUUACAUGGAAUUAUAUCUAUUGUUACGUUUCUCAUGAGUUUCAGAUAUUAGAUAUAUCAUAGGAUGGCGUAUCGGUACUGUAACUGGUUAACUAGUUAGCUUGCUGUUUCGGUUUCUAGCAUAGCAUCAUCAAGCAGUUUUUUCUGGACACGGAACAAUGUUUUUUGGUGCAAUUGUAGAGUUGUUUACCGAACUAGGAGGACCUAUACUAAACGCUGAAGAAAGUGCAGCCAUGGCAGGAAGAGUAAACACCAGCCCUCCGGUGAAAUGCUUGUUCACGAGCAAUGAGUCAAUAGUCACGAUCAGUCUUCUACGGUGAGCUAGUGUACAUUUACUUUUAGGUCGUGUCAUAUUCCUCAUGUGACAUGUCCUCGCCGUCACCGGUACAAAUUCGAGAGGCGAACGCACACUUGGCCGCGGUGCACAGGCGGGUAGCAGAACUGGAGCAGCGGCUCGAGGCAGCAGAGAACACCGUGAGGGAGCAAGCAGAGAGUCUCAUCAGGAAGGACGAGCAACUGAGGGCUGCUACCCAGGAGAUCACCGAGGCCAAGAAUAAAGAGAUUUACUACCUCCACGAGAAGCUGUGCAAGUCAGAGGACACCAUCCAGAGGUUUCAGAACAUGAUCAAGGAGAAGAAUGCUAUGAUAGGCCAGUUGCAACAUCGCUGCCAGCUCCUGGACAACAUCUGUAAGAGCAGGCCUUUACUAGACAGUAUGCUGUUCCAUAUGGCUGAGGCAGAAAGACUUGGGCCAGUGGUGGGGAUGGGUGAACCCACUGUCAAAACAUCCCUCACAGACGGGGAGUCAAACUGCAGUCCCAACCGCAUCUCUAACCACAAAGACUUCUCUCUCAGUGAGGAUGACCAGGAGCUGGAUGAGAUAGUGUUUGGAACAACUGUAUAGUACAAGGCCCCUGAGAAGAGUUAGGUUAGUGAAGAGGUUCUAGAAGAGGGUGGUACUUGAAGUAGAGGCAUGAGUCAUUUCAAAACAUCUGCAUGUUGUUAUUGAAUUUUAAAAAAUCUCAAAUAGAACAUUUGUGCUCUAAGUAGUUCUUUAUACUCUGCAGAUAACUUACAAGUUAACAUGAUGUCACAUGGGGGAACUGCUUGACACGUUAUGAAGACUUUGGUUUAACCAAAUAAAGGGAAACUAAUCUGCCUUGAUUCCACAUCUUAACCAGACAAUAACCAGGUGUCCAUUUGACAUCAGUUUCUGUUGUUUUAACUGCUGUAUUUUUGUACUGUAAUAUUUGGAAAUGGUGUAAAAAUUACCUCUGUUUAUGUUCAGCUCAAAGUGUUCAAAGGUCAAAAAGUGUUGAGAAGGUCAGAGUUCAGAAAAUACAUCUGUUGCACAUGCAAGGCUAGGUUCUACUGCAUCCCAUGCAUUUGACUAUAUAGUAUACAGUUUACAUUGAAUCAGUCAUUCUGCACUGACAAAGUUUUUUUUGAAGUGACAAUUAAACUUAAAGUGCUUGAGGUUAUUUUCGGGGAGUGUACUUACUCUACAUGUAACCCAUGUAAGCAUGGCAUUUAAUGGUUAAUCUAAGACAUACAUUCGCCUCUUGUUGGCGUCAAUAUUUGCUUCAGAGAAGCAAAGUCUAUGCAACAUUGAAGUUUGCGUCACUCUUACAGUACACUCACUCUUGCAUUACAUAAGAUGCUACAUAGAUGUGACAUUCCAGUAGGGUCAAAAGCAGGGGAAAUCAUGCCUUGUGCUCAUAAUAAUACUGUACUGUUUUGCUUAGUCAUUAUAUAAGCAAUAUUAUAUAUUGUUUUGGCUUAAAUCAUCAGGUGGCUAAAAGUAUUGUGUUAUGUCUGCUGUGUCUUUCAGUACAACUGCAUGAUUGUGCAGCUUAAACUGUUCCUCUUGAAAUGUCAAUGUGUGUUGCUCUGUUCAUUUAAGAAAAUAUUUUUUGAGAAGUGGUAUUUUGAUUCAAUGAGGAAGUUUUUUUUUAGCAACAGACCAGUCUGCUACAUAAAUAAAUGAUUUAUUUCUACAAUA